AUGUUACUUUUCAUACUAUUGUUAUCAUCUUUAGACGAGAUUACCACAAUUUCAAGCCUUGAAGACAAUCUAAAGAUUUAUAAAGUGCCAGAAUCCAUUACCGAAAUCACUGCCAAUUUCGAAGGAUCAACAAAUACCCUUCAACAAAUCGAUUUUCUCGGCAAAAAAGUUAAAAAAUUAUCACCACACAUAUUUAUGAAUUGCUAUCUUUUAAAUUCGAUCAAUUUAGAGAAUUGUGCAAAAUUAAAAAUGAUUCCCGAACAUGCGUUUUGCAAUUGUUCCUCACUUAAAUCUAUUAAACUUCCAACGAAUACCAGAACAAUUGCAAGAUGUGCAUUUUUCAACUGCACAAGUCUGAUGAAAAUAAUUUUUCCUCAAGAUUCACAACUAGAAUACAUUAUGAAUGACUGUUUCUCAUACACAAGCAUUGUUAGCUUCACAAUCCCCUUUAAAGUUAAGUCGAUUGCAGAAAGAUCUUUUAGAUGGUGCACAAAACUCAGAACUUUUCAAAUCGAUGAUAACAAAUACUUUUCAUUCGAAAAUUCGUGCUUAAUUCUCAAACAAAUAUCCACAAUUCUUACACAUGCUCAUGCAGAUCCAAAUCCUAUUGUAACUAUACCUGAAAAUGUAUGCGGAAUAUACGGAUACGCAUUUGCUGGUUCGAACACCGAAGGGUUCGUUUUUUAUAAUACCGCUAUUCAAUUUUACAGACAAUGUUUUAUUGAUAUGCCAAAAAUCCAGCAUGCCGAUCUCUCAGGUGCAAAUAGUUUUCUUAUAGGAUCAAAUAUAUUUGAGAAUUGUACCGAAUUGAUAACUUGUAUUCUUCCCAAAACUCAAACUUAUAUGUCGGCAGGAAUUUUCCUAAAUUGCUCUAAAUUAGAAAAUGUUACACUAGGAAGGAUAUGCACAUCCAUUGGAGCUGAUAUGUUCACAAAUUGCACAAGAUUAAAAUAUGUAACUUGCACAAGGAUGAUUUGGAAACAAAUUCAAGAGAACUAUAACUGGACAACUAUGGUUCCAACUAUUUAUCCAGAUAUAUUAGUUAGAAUCAUCGAUAUCACAAAUUAUAAAUGCAUAGCUCCAUUUCAUUGCAUAAGGGAUGAAGAUUAUCUACUUAAAAACCACAAGAAAAUAGCAUAA